AUGGAGCUGGGAUCCUCGCAAGAGCCGCCGAUAAAGAGGCGCAGAUUCUUCAAGGACCCGGACGAGCCCUCGUCGGAUCCGGUGUUUAGCCCCAAGCACGAAUUCAGCUCGUCGUUGGAACCGAGGCGGUUCUUCAAGACGGAGGACGAGGAUGAAGAGAUAACCGGGAAAGAAGAGGCCGAUGACGACUGGGAGCCGGAGAGUGAAGGAAGAAGCGUCAAUGUCAAGGUUGAAGAGAAGAGCCGAGAUGUCUUACCCGAGCUACCUCGAAAUGGGUCUGCAUCUGGCUCAUCAACAGCGAACGAACCCAUAGCCCAGCAUGAAUCUUCAACAGUCACAUUUGACAAGGAGACGUUUGAAAGCUUUGUCGGAUGCAAAAUCGCCGCCAACAUCCUGCGUACUAUCCAACAACAUUGCGGCAACAAUCUCGAGCGAGCCGUCAACAUGUACUUUGACGGCACCUACAAGAAGCUCCUAAAGUCGAAGCCCGCUGCCUCUGGCCCCAGUCGAACACAAUCAUCCGAUCUGCAGAGCCAGCCCUCCCCGCUUCCCAUCCGACGAAACAUGCCGACCUCACGAUACAUUGGUGCUUUUGGCGUCGAGGGAUGGGCUACCCGCAGUGGCACAAAUCUCCUGAGACAUGGCGAGAGGGUCAAAAUUGAACGACAAAAGAUACAGCCCCCUCCACCUCCAAAGACGAAACCCCGACUAGGAGCUCCACCCACUCCUGUCAAGCUGAACACGGCCGCCUCGAGGCGAGUCGACGUCAUCGUGCGAUUUACAAAUCAGAGCGGCCAGGAAAUCGGGCGUCUGGCCAAAGAUACCGCCAACUGGGUGUCAACGCUGAUGGACCAAAAGAUUUGCAAGUUCGAAGGAACUUGUGUGUAUUGCCCUGAGCGGACACGAACAAACGACACCAUUUUCAUCCAACUGAGAUGUUCUUUGCUCGACUCUGCGUUUUUCGACCGCAGCUUCAAGCCCGCAAACGAUUCCUCGGCUACAUGGUUCGAACAACAGAUUGAAACAGCACAAGAGAAAGAACUUCGACUCAGACAGGUUGCCCUGGUCAGACUAUUUCAGGAGAUCAAUCUCCAGCCAGUCGUCGCCAAUGCUGCAACAAAGGAUGGAAGAAAGGGGCUUCUUCAAGCCGCCGAGAUGGACGAGCAGAAGCAAAAGGACUCGAAAAAGGCGGCCGUAAAUGGCAACAAGGAAUCUGGAAAUUCAUCGCCGUCAGAGGAAGCCGAAGAAGGAGAAGAGCUCGAACAAGACCAACUUGAUGCCCUGUAUAAAAAGGCUCAGACAUUUGACUUUAGCAUGCCCGAGGUCGACCCAGCGAGCACCUUUGCCAUGACACUACGCCCGUACCAAAGACAAUCUCUGCACUGGAUGAUUGCCAAAGAAAAAGACGAACAGAGCCAUAGGGAGCCCUCGAUGCAUCCGCUUUGGGAGGAAUAUCUAUGGCCCGUCAAGGAUGUUGACGACAAGGAUCUCCCUACGGUAGAAGGGCAGUCCCAGUUCUAUGUCAACCCUUACUCUGGCGAUCUGACGUUGGACUUUCCGGUCCAGGAGCAACACUGUCUUGGCGGUAUUCUUGCUGAUGAAAUGGGUCUGGGAAAGACGAUUCAGAUGCUCAGCCUGAUUCACUCACACCGAUCAGAGGCUUCACAACAAGCCAGGACAUCACCCAAACACGGAUUGAACCAGCUCCAGCGGCUGGGCAAGAAUUCUUCAAACGUGUUGGAGGCUCCCUGCACUACCUUGGUGGUUGCCCCCAUGUCUCUGUUGUCACAGUGGCAGAGUGAGGCUGAAAAGGCUUCCCUACCGGGCACGAUGAAGAUUCAGCUCUAUUACGGUGCGGAAAAGGCACUGAAUCUGCAGUCGCUCUGCAGCGGCUCCAACGCCCCAGACCUUGUCAUCACCAGCUACGGAGUUGUUUUGUCGGAAUUCACCAGCAUCGCCGCCAAGAACGGCGACAGGUCCUUCCAUACGGGCAUUUUCUCUCUCAAGUUCUUCCGCGUAAUUCUCGACGAGGCGCAUUACAUCAAAAAUAGGGCGUCCAAGACUGCUCGCGCAUGCUACGAGAUUGCAGCCGACCACCGAUGGGCAUUGACAGGCACUCCGAUUGUCAACAGACUGGAAGACCUCUUUAGCUUGGUGCGCUUCCUGGGUGUUGAGCCCUGGAACAACUUUUCUUUCUGGAAGACAUUCAUCACGGUACCUUUUGAAUCAGGUGACUUUGUGCGCGCAUUAGACGUGGUUCAGACAGUUUUGGAGCCAUUGGUCACCAGAAGAACUAAAGACAUGAAAACGCCAGACGGCCAGCCCCUGGUACAGCUUCCACCAAAACAAAUUGAUAUAGUUGAGGUAGAACUAUCCAAGACGGAGCGAGAUAUCUACGACCACAUCUUCAAUAAGGUGAAGAAUACGUUUGCGCAAAACGUCGAGGCAGGCACGGUGCUCAAGGCGUUUACGACAAUUUUUGCUCAGAUUAUGCGUCUUCGUCAAUCAUGCUGUCAUCCCGUACUUGUCCGCAAUAAAGAGAUUGUUGCCGACGAGGAAGAGGCUGGCGCCGCAGCUGAUGCCGUUACCGGCUUGGGUGACGAUAUGGAUCUAGAGUCACUGAUUACGCAAUUUACUGCCAUCACAGACGAAGCCACCAACGACAGACAGACGUACGGAGCGCACGCGCUGGACGAGAUCCGUAACGAGUCCGAAAAGGAAUGUCCACUAUGCUUUGACGAGCCGAUGAAUGAGCAGAUUGUCACUGGAUGUUGGCAUUCUGCCUGCAAAAAGUGCCUGAUGGACUUUAUCAAGCACGAGACGGAUCACGGCAGAGUGCCAAAGUGCUUCAACUGCCGCACGCCGAUCAACCAGCGUGAUUUGUUUGAAGUGGUGCGUCAGGAUGAGACUGACGAACCGUUUGCUUCAGCAAAGCCUCGCUUUAGUCUUCAGCGACUCGGCGUCAACUCCUCUUCUGCCAAGAUUGCCGCAUUGAUAUCAGAGCUUCGAACACUACGUCGAGAUCGUCCAUAUAUGAAGUCCAUCAUCUUUUCGCAGUUUACGUCUUUCCUCACGCUCAUCGAAGCUGCCCUUACACGCGCCAAUGUCAAGUUUCUUCGUCUAGAUGGAAGUAUGACGCAGCGAGCUCGAGCGGCGGUGCUGCAGCAAUUCACAGAGGCCAAAGGCUUCGUGGUGAUGUUGAUGAGUCUGCGCGCGGGCGGUGUCGGCUUGAAUCUCACGAGCGCGGGGCGCGUCUUUAUGAUGGAUCCCUGGUGGAGUUAUGCCGUGGAGUUGCAGGCGAUUGAUCGGGUGCACAGACUAGGGCAACAAGAUGAAGUGGUUGUCAAGAGAUUCAUUGUGAGGGGCAGUGUGGAGGAGAGGAUGUUGAAGAUCCAGGACAGAAAGAAGUUUAUCGCGACGUCAUUGGGCAUGAUGAACGACGAAGAGAAGAAGCUCCAGCGGAUUGAAGACAUCAAGGAGCUCCUCAGCUAG